AUGAGCAGUAAAGACUUAUUGACGAAAUUCAACGAGUUAAUGAAGCGAUUUAAGAACGAAUUUGACGAAAUUAUCGAAGCUGAGAGGACAAUGAUGAGGGCGGAAGUCGAAGCGUUUAACGAAGAGAAGAAACGAAUGCAAGCCUCGGCAGUCAGAGACGAUGAUAUCCUUCAUCUGAACGUUGGUGGACAAAAAUUUACAACCAAAAGAUCAACUCUCUGUCAGGUUGAAGGUUCCUUGUUCGCUAAAAUGUUUAGCGGUCGCUGGGAAGAUAGUUUAGAGCGCGACCAUGAUGGCGCUGUAUUCUUUGAUUUUAAUCCACAAUUUGUUGCCAUUAUUUUGGAUUAUCUCCGAGCGAAAAGGAUUUCGACUCUUGAGAAUCCGAACAAAAUUCCAAAGAUUCCCGAGGAUCAAGUGAGGAAUUUCAACAUUCUUGUCAAGUAUCUUUGCUUGAGUGAUGAAAUCUUCCCAACUGAAAUUGUGUUUGACGAGAAAUUCAACUUGCACGGCCCAGGAGUCACUCUUGAGGAAGACGGGAAAGUCGCAGUUCAUGAUGGAAAUAGUGGACAUGAAUAUGUUCUUGGUGAAAAUAUUCACCGGCAAAAAAGUGUGGAUAUGAAGUUGAAGUUGGAGUCGCUUUUAGAUAACUUUUGGGUGUUUAUUGGAAUAUUGGAAGGCGAUUUUCAACCACCUAAUAAAUUUUCAUGUGAUUGCCCUGGCUCAAAUGGUUGGUCACUCGGGUCAAGUGGCGCUCAGGGAAUGCGGAAAGAAGGGACAUUUACAAAAGACAGUACUUUGGUAAAUGUUACUAAGGAAGGCGACACGAUGAAACUAAUCCUAGACUGCGAUGCAGAUAAACUGUCGCUACAUUUGAGCACUGGUCUUUAA